AACAGCACUGCAGGGGGUAAGUAUGUUAAGAUGUCCCAGUUGUCCUGAGAGAAAGAGAGAGGGAGAGAUAAAGAAAGAAAGAGAGAGAGAGGGGGGGGUUCUAUAUGAGAUUCGCGCCAUUCAGAGAGACCUCUUGAGGCCAUGCCCCUGUGUUGCCAUGACCACGGUCCAAGGGGACCCGCGCUGCACCAAUGAGCAACACUCGACCGUGUUGGGCGACAACGACAGCGACACCGCCAAACAGCCCUGGGGGAGCCGAAUAUUACACCUUUGUAGCUGCCACUACACCCAUCCUGCGUGGACAGGACAGGCGUAAGCCACUGCAGGACUGCGCCGUCAUGGGAGUGACAAAGACGAGCUUUCAUGAUUUGUUGAUGUGGAAAAACACUUUUCAUUCGUCUGAAAAGCAUUAGUUGUGCGGAAAGAGCUGACUCAAGAUGCCAGCGACAUAAAUACGGAACUCAUCCUACAGGACAGGCUGAAGUCCAGAAACAAAGAGAGAUCACCAUGGAUACAGAUGUCUGCCGUUGCUAUGGAGUAGCAGAGAGCUUAAGGAAUGGAGACGACAUCACUUCCUCCCUAGCUGCCAAAGGCUAUAGGAGUGUUCGACCCAACCUACAGAGGCCCUCACUCCUGAGUCAAAUGAGGUUGAACAGGACAGGAAAGGCUACAGGAAACUCCUUCAGUCACCAGCCUCUUCUGUCCUUCCCUUCCUCCCCCUCCCUCCCCCAAGCCCUGUCCUCCCCUUCCUCCCCCUCCCUCCCUCAGGACCUGCCCCCCCCACCUGGCUCUAGCUUCUCAUCCAGCCCCUCACAACAGGAUGUGAGGUCAGAAGUCAGAGGUCACCGGGGUCAUGCCCCGAGCCCGGCCCCCUCAAGCCAAGCCCACAACCACAGAAAACCAAUGGCAGCAGAGGAGGCCAGAACUCCUCCCACUCACUUCACUGGCAUAGGCCCUGUGGACCAAUCAGGCAUCCCCAUUGCUAUUCGAACGGCAGUGGAGCGGCCUAAAGACUGGUACAAGAGCAUGUUUAAACAGAUCCACAUGGCCCAUAAGGCAGAAGCUGAGCCUGAGUUACACAGAGCUGCAGACAACCCUGAUGAUCAUUCUCCGGAAGAACACCCCGCUCCAAGGAGUCAUGCCUACCAGCCAAUCACCAAGACUGUCUCCGAAAACGACACCACGCGCCCCCUCCGUAAAGCGAAUGCCUCUCCCUCCCCCACCCCUUCGCUCAGGUCGAUUGCGGGGCGUAGCAGGGCCAGUGAGCCGGAGAGAGACAUGAAGUGGGAUGCCCCAGAGAGGAAGGUGGACACUCGGCGGUACCGUGCGGAGCCUCGCAGCAUUUUUGAUUACGAGCCCGGGAGGUCGUCCAUCUUGGAGCAAGAGAGACAGACUAGCCUGGCCCACCCAGUGAUAGCUGUUGAGGACGAGCCGUGGUUUAAGUUCUUUGCAGAGCUGGAGUUUGGACGGCCGCCACCUAAAAAACGCCUGGAUUGUCAUCCAGAGAGCUCUCCUAGAGGCCACGCCCAGAAUUCUCUUCACCACAGCAAGGCAGACAGACCUACGGACAGGCCCUCAAGCUCCUCUACUGACUACAGGAAGAGGAGGAAGUCUGAGCCUACCUCGGCCUCCCCCCAGCCUGCCGGCAGCCUGACCACCAGUCACAGCUCAGCCAGCAGCAUCUCCUCCAAUCAGGGCCCUGACACCAGCCUGUUAUCCAAUCGGGGCCCGGCAUGGGUCCCCGACCCUUGCCUGAGUGUCGGCAUGAGCAGUCGACCCUCAGCGACAACCCCACGCAGCCCCUCCCCUCUCAAAGCUGUGGUCAGCUCCUCCCCCACCUUACCCACCAGAGCAAGAGGUGGGGAAGGUAGUAACAUUGCCUCAGACCAUCUCAAAUGCUCCACCUCACUCUCACAUAACUCACUCUCCCCUUGUCCAAGUGAUCAACCUCUGGGAUCUGACAGUGCUGUCUCUCUCGACCCCACUGCAACUCUGAGACCCGUAGAUUCUAUCUGUUUGAAUGGCUGGGCAGCUCAGGGCCAGAGUGGGGGUGUAUGUGACAAAGGAGAGGGGGAGAACGGGGUGUGUAGCAGAGAGGAGGGGGAGAACGGGGUUUUGUGUAACAGAGAGGAGGGGGAGAACGGGGUUGAGUGUGACAUUGGGAAGGGAAAUAGCAGCCGUGCAUCUAGCAUAGAGUGUGUGGGGGACGAGCCAAUUUCUCCCAAACGAAAGUCCUGGAGCUGUGACAACCUGCUGACGGAGGAAGGGGCGGGACCUCACACCCCCCGGCUGCGCUCCAAGAGCACAAACUUCCUGUCAUGUGACUCGAGGGUCGAAGGUGAAGGGGAGGGACGGCAAGGCUCGCCCCACAAUGCACCUGGCUUCCUGCGUCUGUAUAAGCAGAUGCACCACAUCAGCCGACAGGCGCUAGUCGGAGGCCACACCCCCACUGUGCGUUUACGAGUUUUGGAAUACGAGAGCGAGCUGCAGGCAGAAAGACUACAGACAGAGAGACUGAAGACAGAGAGACUGCAGACAGAGAGACUGCAGAGAGAGGAGAUGCAGGACGAGGAUCUCCAGAGGGAGAAGCUGCAUGGGGAUGUGCCUAAAGACGUGGUGACCAAUAGGAUCACACAGUUUGAGAGCCUCAUCCAGAAGUCGCGGUCCAUGCCUGACCUGGGGCCCCGCGGGACACGAGGCGGGAGCAUCCUCCACAGACGAAACUCCACAGAGUCCAGCCUGGACGACAACCCCCCUGCUAACCCCCCCACCAGGAACCCCCCCGAGGGCCGUCCCUUCUACCCCGGCAGGAACUCCUCCCAGCCCACCUACUAUAGCCAUUGCCCCCAGCCCCCCUGCCAUGCCAAUGCCAUCCCCUCCCAUCUCCCUUUCUCCUCAACCCACCAGCCCCCCCACCAAAGGCCCCCACCUCCUCUCUACUCAUCCCCCCAGCCCCCUGUUCAGUGUCCCCCCCUUCCUCCCUCCACCCUCCAGCAGGAAUUCUGGGACAGCGAGCCGGAGGGUGUGGCCUCGGACCUCAGUGACAUCAUCCACCUGGGAGGGUCCUCCCCCUGCAGCGAGAGCGACUUUGAUCGCAGAUCUCACACCUCCUCCGACAGCCCCCGCAGCCCUGCCCAUCCUCAUCUUCAUCACCAUUUUCAUCAGUGGCAGCUGGUUGGCAAAUGUAAGGGCCCCUGUCCCGCCUCUUCCACCCGCUUUACCACCCUGCGCAGACAUGACAGAUCCAGACCUCCCCCAGCCCCAAAACCCCCUGCCCAUUACCCAGCUCCAGCCCACCCAGCCCCAACCCUCUGCCCAGCCCCUGCCCCCUCCCGGCUGGCCUCCUUGGUAAGCCCUGUCCCCUUCAACCGGAGGCGGAGCAACUCAGUGUACCAAGCUCUGGACGAGGCACUGACUGACAUCUACCUCUACCUACUGGAGGAGAGGAGCGGGGAGGAGUAUGAGAGGAGGACCAGGGACGACGAGAGGAGGAGGAGCAUGGAGGAGGAGAGUUGGAGGAACAACUUGUCUGGUAGCAGCCUCCUCCAUAGGCUGAUUGCAGAGCUUCUUCCAGACACGCCCCAGAGAAGUUCCUCCCUGCAGGCUGUGGGCCACCCUAGGCAGGGAGAUGGGAUGGGGUACAGACCCCGCCGCCUGCACCAGAUAUACCCCCCACUGCCAGAUGGAAUGGCCAGCCCCGUGUGCCACCAGCUUCUCUCCCCCAGCCCCGCCCAGAAACAAACCAGCCACCAGGACUGGAAUGAACUCUGCCAAGACCAGGACUUCAGUAGGAACCAAUCGUAUGUUGACAUUGGCCGCCAUGCAACUCCCGUCCAAUCUUAUGCUGACCUGGGUCGCACUGCCCCUCCCAGCAGGAAGCACAUCCCUGAUAUUCAGGAAAAACAGGCAGCCAGAGCAGUAUACAACUUCAAAGCUCAGACCGUCAAGGAGCUGGCUCUGAGGAAAGGGGAGAUUGUUUACAUCCUCAAGCAGAUUGAUAAUAACUGGUAUGAGGGAGAGAGCCAUGGACAGGUGGGGAUCUUCCCCAUCUCUUAUGUGGAGAAGAUAAGUCCCUCUCAGAAGCCCCAGCCAAUCAGACCCCCACCCCCGGUCCAGGCCAGAGAGCUGGGGCAGGCUGUGGCUCGCUACAACUUCACAGCUGACACCUCUGUCGAGCUGUCUCUGAAGAAGGGGGAGCCUGUGCUGCUGUUGAGACAGGUGGAUCAGAACUGGUUUGAGGGGAAACUUCCGGAGUCUGGACGUCAGGGCAUUUUCCCGGUCUCCUACGUGGACGUGACCCAGAAGACCCACUACCCACAAUCCUCACUGCCACAGAAUGUCCCCAAUGACAGACUCCACCCCUUGGGCUCAGCUAAGCCUUCAUCCACACUCCCUAGCUACAGCUCCUCCCCCUCCCCUAGGCCAGGCCCAUCCCCCCAGAAAGCCAAACUGCAGGCCAUCACAAACGAUUGGCUAUCCCUCACCCUGGGGCUCUCCCCCUCCCUCAUCCCUGCCAUUAUGCCUCCCCCUUACCCCUCCCUCACCCCUGCCCCAACCCCUCCCCCUUACCCCUCCUUUACCCCUCCUGCCCAGCCCCGCAGAACCCCCUCGCUCACCCCUUCUCUCACCCCCUCCCUCACCCCCGGCCCCACCCCUCCCCCCUAUCCCCAUGGCCUGCUGGCCGACCUGGAGGAGCUGGACUCUCUGGUGUCCUCCUCACCCGUCUCCCGCCAAGGCUCUUCCUACUCCUACUCCCCCUCCCUCUCCCUAACUCCGUCCUUCAGACAGGGGCACUUCAUCCCUAUAACCUCCCCUAGGACCUUCCCCUCCUCCCCUGAGCCCAGCCCCUCCCCCCUCCCCUCUCUCCCCACGACGGGAACCUCCAUCACUUCCUCCCCUAUUUCCCCCUCCUUUGACACCCACCCUCAGUAUGGCAGUGUGGUUGACCUGUCACAGGCCAGUGCUAGAUCCUUCAUGGAUUGUCCAGCUGAGUCAGAGGCUAGUUCCAGUCCUGUGGACCUUGUUGUGUAUGAACCCAGCGACCAACCAGCUUUCAGCCUGGCUGACAACCAACCAGUUUUCAGCCUGGCUGACAACCAACCAGUUUUCAGCCUGGCUGACAACCAACCAGCUUUCAGCCUGGCUGACAACCAACCAGCUUUCAGCCUGGCUGACAACCAACUAGCUUUCAGCCUGGCUGACAACCAACCAGCUUUCAACCUGGCUGACAACCAAACAGCUUUCAGCCUGGCCAGAAACCAACCAUCUCACACCUUGACCAGCAAACAAUCAGCUCCUAGAGAGGACUCGCCGUCCAGAGAGCAGGAAGACGACUUGUGUGAGGAGCUGGUGUCCAUCAUACAGCGCAGCAAAUCACAGAGCUUGUUUUCCCAGGGGGAGGGGUUUCACAGGCAGGCAGCAGAUGAAGGCAAAGGGCUUCCCAAGCUGUUCAUAGAUGAAGACGAGCUUGAUGAAGUCAGGCCUCUCCCUGACAAACAAACAUCUGUCACACCUGUGGAGGAGAGACCCGAGUACCAACGAGAACAUCUUGUGGAACAUCUGAUCAAAUGUGAGGUAGAACAUGAGGUGGAGCAUCUAAUGGAACGUCAAGCAGAACUUCAGUUAGAAAUCAAGAUGGAGUGUCCAGUGGAACAUCUAGUGGAACUCCAACCAGAGAAUCCAGGCGAGCGUCAGGCUGGUCAAUCCCAGGGUGCACCAGUGUGCCAGCCCUCUCCUCCUCUCGAACAUUCGAUUCUUUCUUCCCCUCCCUUGCAUCUUUCUCCCUGUGCCACUCCUCCCCACUCCCCCCUUCCCUACCCCAAACCUUCCUCCACCCCGCCUCACUCCCCCCCUCCCUACCCCAAGCCCUCCUCCACCCCCCCUCCCUACCCCAAGCCCUCCUCCACCCCGCCUCACUCCCCCCCUCCCUACCCCAAGCCCUCCUCCCCCUCUUCCUUCUCCACCCCUCCCCCUUCCCCUCCUCCCUACACAAAGUCCCGACCAGAAAUGCGCUCCCCUAAGCCCAAGCCAUUAAAGCGUGAGGUAGUGGUUGUGGGUAAGCCCCCUCGUAGUCCUGUGAUGUCACGGCGUUCCUGCGGCUCACCCAGUAGAGGCCACACCCACUCACCAGCUCCUAGGCGCCCAGCCUUCACCCAGGAAGGACUGCAGUGUGGUGGAGAGCCGUUCCAGGUGCUGUAUAACUACGCCCCUCGCAACGAGGAUGAGCUGGAGCUGAGGGAGGGUGAGGUGGUCGAUGUCAUGGAGAGAUGUGACGACGGGUGGUUCGUAGGCACAUCCAGAAGAAGCAAAUUCUUUGGAACGUUUCCUGGGAACUAUGUGAAGAGGCUUUAAUCUGGUCUGACAGUACUGAAGUUGUGCCAGGAUAGUGGCUGAACUGGUCCAAACUGCUCAUUUUACACGGAACAAUGACUUCGCAUGUGAACAGCUACAACUAGCCAUCCUCAUGUCAGACAGAUCCAGAGAUGGCCCCGCCAGAGCAGUAGGCUCUUCCUUUUCUGAGGAAAUUACAUCGUCAUCCCCAUGGUGACCAGAAGGAAGUAAAAAGGAAAAAUAGUUGUUUGAUUGAACAAUGAAGGGCUGUGAUUCUGAAGAUGGGAAUACUCCCAGUGAAGACUGCCUUGUACACUUAUAGAUCUCACAAUAACAAAGUAACCAAGUGCCCUAUUUACCAUAUAUUUAUUUUAUUCAUAUAUACAGUAUACAUAAUUCUUUAAGAUUGAUUUUUGCUAUUUUACACUAGGAAUGUACUUGAAUGUGUGGAGAGGGGCUGUCCUAUUUUGAUAGAACCAUCAGACAGUUCUAAAACCAGCUCUGGGCUCUAGAAACAUCACACAGUUCAAGAACCAUCUGGAAGGUCUAGAACUGAGUUCUAUUCGAGAACACUCCAGCAGACAGGUCUAGAUUGUGGUUGUGUCUGACUCUGUAGGCUGAGUAUUAUGGUAGUCAGCCUAGUGGACUCUCAUCCUUCAGCUGCUCUACACACAUUCCUACAGACUUAAUAAAGGAAAGAUGACAAUUUUCAGAUUUGCAGCGUUCUCUCUGUCCAGUGAGGGACCCACAGCUGCCCACUGCUGGCGAGGACACUGCAUGACAGCUCGUUAUCCAACACCAGGCCAGUCUGUGGACUAUUCUUAAGCACAGGACUCCUGAGAUAAUGCUGUAAACUGUUCUUAGACUACCAUUCUAACACAUAUGGUAUAUAUGCUCAUGCAUGGUUUAUUAGAAGGUCCUGUACUUCAAGGAUGCUGUCAGGUGACUUGAGGUAUAGUUUACACGUAAUUAUUGUAAAACGCUAAGUCCGGCGAAAGUAUUUCUCUUUUACUGAUGUGAUGUGUGACAGAUGUCCUUAAUAAUGAGUUUUGGGUCUUCCAGACACCACAUGAGUCUGCACAAAGAUGUUUGUUUGCCGAAUACUUCUCUACUUGUUGCAGCUGAGGUUAACCAAUGCCUCUUCUACUAUUAUGUGUUUUGUAUUUCUUUAAUGAUAAUAACCCGUUGUACAAAUUGUAUAAGCCAUCGUCAUUGAUUGUGCAUCAUCUGUUCGUCUGUCCAUUUCGCUGUCUGUUUAUGUCCAAUAAACUGCCUGAUAUGCAG